UUCUUGCAGCGAGAGAUUUGGAAAGCGUCAUUUCUCGGCCAACAUCUCGCAAGUUGACAGAAGACAUUAUUAUUGUCGCUGGUGUAUGAUGAAGGCCGCAAGCUCGAUCGAUCAUUGGAGCUGCGGCAAGCGUACCAGUACUUGAUGGAUGAAGAAAGCGUUUCUCGUUUCUGCAGGCAACGGCAGCGGGACCCUCAAAGACCACCACUGCCAACAUCUCAAACUCUGCCCCAAGCCUUACCCUCACAUCGAGAUCUGGAGCAACAGAUCGCAAUUCACCGGCUGGUACAGCACACGCGCACGGGCAUUCCGUUUCGAGGCAGAUUUCACAUGCAAAGUUGACGUUUCGUCCGCCUCCGGUCAAGUUCGGAAAUUAUUACUUGCGCUCACGCCCAGCGACACGUCAGGUCCGAUAGGCGACAGGUGCUAAGACGCCACUGCCAUGCAGUCUGAGAUACGGGAGCAGCUCCCGGACAUCGAUUCCGUGGUGGUCGAUUACGCAGCUGGUUAUCUAAAUCACGCGGCUCGACAGUUCAGUGCAGAGGCCGACCCGUUGGCAGAGGCCGCAGCAGUGAUAACGCAGCUUCUGAUAUCUGCAUCUGGAGACCUUUCUGACGAAAACGAGGCCUCCGUCCAGAACUUGGUCCAGAAGUUCGUGUCACGACUCAAUAGUCAAAAUGGCGUUGACGGCGAGAGGCGACAGCAGGCGCCAUCCGCCAAGAGGCUUGAUCAAACCAUUCAAGUAGCGUCACAACGAGGCGUAUCAUCUACGCUCGGUCUCACAGGUGGCACUGUCGACCUAGAGUCGGCAAACACUCGCAAGGUGGAGUCUCGUGUUGACAAGAAGAAGCUCGAAAAAGCCGAGCGCAAACUGCGCGCAAAGCAAGACCGUAAAGUCUUCAAGACUGUCGAGUAUGAGGCCUCCCGCCUGCUGGACCAGCCAGACGAGCAGCAGUCAUACGAAGAGUUCUUCAUGGCUGUUAAUCCUCUGCAGCUGGGCUCAGAUGCGCAAUCCAAGAGCAAAGAUAUCAAGGUCGAUGGCAUUGACAUCUCCAUUGGUGGUAAGCGUAUCUUAUCAGACACAAACCUGACUCUUGCCUAUGGCCGUAGAUACGGUCUGGUGGGUCAGAAUGGUAUUGGUAAAUCGACAUUGCUUAGAGCGCUCAGUAAACGUGAGGUUGGAAUUCCAACCCAUAUUUCUAUCCUACACGUCGAGCAAGAAAUCACUGGAGAUGACACACCCGCUCUGCAGGCCGUUCUGGAUGCCGAUGUGUGGCGAAAACACCUGCUCAAGGAGCAGGAGAAGAUUUCGAAAGAACUUGCCGAACUUGAAGCAGAGCGAUCGUCCAUGGCGGAUACGUCAACCGAUGCUGCGCGCCUAGACAAGCAACGCGAGGGUCUAGACAUAACGCUCAGCGAUGUUCAAGGCAAGCUCGCAGAAAUGGAGUCCGAUAAAGCUGAAUCUCGCGCGGCUAGCAUUCUCGCUGGUCUGGGAUUCUCGCACGAGAGGCAACAAUUCGCCACCAAGACCUUCUCUGGUGGUUGGCGUAUGCGUCUGGCGCUGGCACGAGCCCUCUUCUGCGAACCCGACCUUCUGCUGCUCGACGAGCCUUCGAACAUGUUGGACGUGCCUUCUAUCACGUUCUUGUCAAAUUAUCUGCAAGGAUAUCCAAGCACAGUGUUGGUGGUGUCCCACGACAGGGCUUUCCUAAACGAAGUUGCUACCGAUAUCAUUCACCAACAUUCAGAGCGCCUGGACUACUACAAAGGCGCGAACUUCGACUCCUUCUAUGCAACCAAGGAGGAGAGGCGGAAGACUGCACAGCGAGAGUACGAGAAGCAGAUGGCCGAACGUGCUCAUCUGCAAGCUUUUAUCGACAAGUUCCGUUACAACGCUGCCAAAUCUUCUGAAGCUCAAUCUCGGAUCAAGAAGUUGGAGCGUAUGCCCGUGCUUGAAGCGCCAGAGAGUGUCUACACUGUACACUUCAAGUUCCCUGAGGUCGAGAAGCUGUCACCGCCAAUCAUCCAAAUGACUAAUGUCACUUUCGGCUACACACCAGACAAAAUAUUGCUGAGGAACGUCGACCUGGACGUGCAGCUGGAUUCACGUAUUGGAAUUGUUGGACCAAACGGUGCAGGCAAGACAACGGCGCUGAAGCUGCUCAUUGGCGCACUCUCGCCCACUUCCGGAUUGAUCUCACAGAAUCCACGCUUACGCAUUGGAUUCUUCGCUCAGCACCAUGUUGAUGCCCUUGAUCUCAACGCCAGUGCCGUUGGCUUCAUGGCCGCAAAGUAUCCUGGCAAGUCAGAUGAAGAGUAUCGUCGCCAUCUCGGAGCGUUUGGUAUUACUGGCAUGACCGGAUUGCAGAAGAUGGGACUCUUGUCAGGAGGACAAAAGUCAAGAGUGGCAUUCGCGUGUAUUGGUCUGCAAAACCCACACAUCCUGGUACUCGAUGAGCCUUCGAAUCAUCUUGAUAUCGAAGCAAUGGACGCUCUCAGCACGGCAUUACGUGAAUUCCAAGGAGGUGUGCUGAUGGUCAGCCACGAUGUGACGAUGCUUCAGAACGUCUGCACUAGUCUCUGGGUGUGUGACAACGGAACGGUCGAGCAUUUUGACGGUACUGUCAAGGACUACAAGAAGCGCAUCUCGGCUCAAGCGGGUGAGGCAGGCGUGGUUGCUCAGCAUUAGAUGUUCAGAUACUGCGCAAUUUUACUUGCUUCAGCGAAGUGUAGACCAGGGAGGAAUCGCCAGCGCUCAAUGGACUUUUGGAACACACGCACGAUUUGCAUGCACACAUACCUAUGCUGGUGAAAAGUAGAUCAUAGAGAUUGGGGAGUGAGCAGACACUAGACUAGACAUGUUCACAAGCCACACUUGGCGAAAUGCUCAAGCCUCACGCCACA